CCCAACGUCACAUAUAAAUAUCCCGGUGACUCCUGCUCGGGAUGUUUGUGUAGCAGCGUCGCGGGUCUCUCUCCUCCAUACGUCACUAAACAAAGGAGCCAAGAACAUGUGUCGGUCCGUCCUCUCCGUCCUGCUCGGCCUCAGUCUCGGGCUGGUGGACGCGUUUCCUUCCCAGCAGCCUGACGGAGGGAAGAACUGGGUGGUUAUCGUGGCUGGAUCCAACGGCUGGUUCAACUACAGACACCAGGCCGAUGCUUGCCAUGCUUACCAGAUUGUCCACAGGAAUGGGAUCCCGGACGAGCAGAUAGUGGUUAUGAUGUACGAUGACUUGGCUCAGAGUCAGGAUAACCCCACCCCCGGGAUACUGAUCAACAGGCCCAACGGCACAGAUGUGUACAAGGGAGUUCCUAAAGAUUACACUGGGGAGGACGUGACCCCAGAAAACUUCCUGGCUGUGCUGAAAGGCGACUCCUCAAAAACCAAAGGCGGCUCAGGAAAAGUGUUGAAGAGCGGUCCCAAUGAUCAUGUGUUCGUGUAUUUCACUGACCACGGGGCUCCUGGUAUUCUGGCUUUUCCUGAUGAUGAUCUCCAUGUUGAAGAUCUCCAAGAAACCAUUAAAUACAUGCACGAGAACAGGAAGUACAAAAAGAUGGUGUUCUACAUUGAGGCGUGUGAGUCUGGGUCAAUGAUGAACCAUCUGCCUGCUGACAUUGACGUGUACGCCACCACAGCAGCCAACUCUCAUGAGUCCUCCUACGCCUGUUACUAUGACGAGAAGAGGGACACGUACCUGGGCGACUGGUACAGCGUUAACUGGAUGGAAGACUCUGACGUGGAGGACUUAACCAAAGAAACUUUGCUGAAGCAGUUCAAGAUCGUGAAGACUCACACAAACACCAGCCACGUGCAGCAGUACGGCAACAAGACAAUGGCCCACAUGAAGGUGAUAACGUUUCAGGGUAACAACAAAGCAAACAGCCCCCCCACCCCUCCACUGACACUGCAACCAGUGACCAAUCUGGAUCUGACCCCAAGCCCUGACGUUCCUCUGGCCAUCCUGAAGAGGAAGCUGAUGGCCUCCAACGACAUCAGCAUUGCGAGGGGCCUGCUGAUGGAGAUGAACGCCCACCUCAAGGUCAGGGAGAUGCUGGCUGAAAUGAUGCACCGAGUGGUGGAGAGGGUGACGGGUGACAAGAUGAAGGCGGAGGAGGUUCUGAACGACAGAGCCGACCUGUCCCAGCAUCAGUGCUACAAGGCUGCGGUCCAGCACUACAAACACGAGUGCUUCAACUGGCACAAAGCUGAGUAUGAAUACGCUCUGAGACAUCUGUACGCUCUGGUCAACCUGUGUGAGAGAGGAUACUCUGCAGACAGCAUCCUGCUGGCCAUGGACUCUGUGUGUCAUUACAGCAAGUGAAAGGAUUUAUGCAAACCCAGAAAACCCAGAUCAGACUGUCUCUUCCACGUGGGAAGGCCGGAGAGGAUGAUGCUUCUCUUUGCACCGUCUUCAAAUCAAUCUGACGUUAUUGUUUUAUCAACGCGCUAUAACACUUACAACCUGUGAUGGUUUUUGAUUUUUACUCUGAAUUUUUAAAAUUGUUUUAUGAUGAAUUGCACUAUCACUGUAGAGGGUUUGUGGAUGAUGUUUACUCCCUCAUAUUUUCUGUUUUUUGUUUAAAUUUUUUGUUUUAAACACAUAGGAUAGACAAUUAAGACAUGGAAUUAGUGUAAAUUUGUUCUGCUCUAAGCUUUAUUUGUGGUAUAAGAUGCCUGGCAUGAAUGUUCGAUUGACAUUUAAAGGACAUACCACUAAAUAUUGAAUGUUUGUUGAACCUCAAGAGACUUUGUUAUAACACAGGGAUCUUGAAAUAAAAUCUAACACACCAAAACUGCUAAAACAAAA